GCAAAACGGAAAUAGCUCGUGAAGUACGCGCACUGCACAGCAGUCUUGGACCCACAUUUCUUCAUACAUUCCAGGAGAGACGGAUUUUCGUCCAAGGACAUCAGCUGAACCAUGCCUCGUAUUGAGAAUGACAUCAAGCUUGACUUCAAGGACGUUCUGCUCCGGCCCAAGAGAAGCACUCUGAAGUCCCGCAGCGAGGUGAACCUGACGCGCAGCUUUACUUUCAGAAAUUCCAAAGGAAGCUACCGUGGCAUUCCCAUCGUAGCAGCCAACAUGGACACUGUGGGGACCUUUGAAAUGGCCAAAGCUCUACACCAGUUCACCCUCUUCACUGCCAUCCAUAAACACUAUUCUAUUGACGACUGGAAAGAAUUUGCUGCCAAAAAUCCAGAAUGCCUUCAGAGUUUGGCGGUCAGCACCGGCACAGGUGAGACGGACUUUGAGAGACUGACGGCCAUUUUGGCAGCAGUGCCUCAGCUGCAUUACAUCUGUGUGGACGUGGCCAACGGCUACUCCGAGCACUUUGUGCAUUUCGUCAAGGAUGUGCGAGAAAAGUUCCCCACUCACACCAUCAUGGCAGGGAAUGUGGUCACCGGAGAAAUGGUGGAGGAACUUAUCCUUGCUGGUGCAGACAUCAUCAAAGUGGGCAUUGGACCAGGCUCUGUGUGCACCACACGCAAGAAGACCGGUGUGGGCUAUCCCCAGCUGAGCGCUGUCAUCGAGUGUGCAGACGCUGCUCAUGGACUUGGAGGACACAUUAUCUCUGAUGGUGGAUGCACCUGCCCUGGUGAUGUCUCCAAAGCUUUUGGAGCUGGGGCGGACUUUGUGAUGCUCGGCGGCAUGCUGGCCGGUCACGACGAGAGCGGAGGCGAAGUUAUCGAGAAGAACGGCAAGAAGUACAAGCUGUUCUACGGCAUGAGCUCCGACACAGCCAUGAAGAAGCAUGCAGGAGGGGUGGCAGAGUACAGGGCGUCUGAGGGGAAGACGGUGGAGGUGGUCUACAAGGGUCCCGUGGAGGCGACGGUGCGCGACGUGCUGGGCGGCGUCCGCUCCACCUGCACCUACGUGGGCGCGGGCAAGCUGAAGGAGCUCAGCCGCCGCACCACCUUCAUCCGCGUCACCCAGCAGCUCAACACCGUCUUCGGCGACAUCUAGGCCCUCACGGCCCCGCGGAGCGACGGGACCGUGAUGCUACGCCGCGGCCGCCACCAAGUCACCUGUAACUGACCGGGAGUCGGUCAAUGGAGACGGGGGGGGGACUGGUUUUGAACACCAAAGAAUGGGAGCUUAGAUAAAGACCUUAAAGUUCUGUUUUCAACCAACCAUCUGUUUAUUAAUGUGCAUUAUCACAUUUCUCCACCUGUUUAUUAAUGUGCAUUAUCACAUUUCUCCA